CCGACUGCCCUGCCACGAGCACGCACGGGGAGCUCCGUCCGCGCUGCCGGCGCCCUCGAGAGCUUCGCGGACGUGGUCAUACGAGACGGGGCACGACACCCGGACUGCGCCGCCCCCCGGCUGCCCCCUGCCGCCCCCGGCACGCCCCCGAGCGCGAUGUAGCUGGCGCCCCGGGCCCCCCAGUGCCGUGCUGGGGCUCGGCCGCGAGAGUGUCCUGGUGACGGUCAUGACCGCCGGGUCCGCGACCGGGUCGCCGACGUUGUCCGCCUCCCGAAGGUGGUGUCGCUGUCGCGGUGGGACGCCCGGGCUGGGCGCGAGGACGUCGUCGACGACGACGACGACGCCUAGGUGCAAACCGAGCGGCCGGCCCCGUGCCGCCCGUCCCGUCGGGCAGCGGACAAGCGGUGUUAAUUGACAUCUGGUCAUCGUGUACCGCACACAGACCCGCCGCGACAACUGUUCACCAGCCGUUCACCAGUCGUUCACCAGCGACUCGCAAACCGUUCACCCGCGGUUCACACAUCAACAGCCAGCAACAGGUCCAGGCGACACGCUAGGCUGACUUCCGGGACCUCAGCGGCUGGUCAGAGGCUGGCGUCAGCGGCUGAAACAGCAGUUCUCGCACUGAGAAACAGAUGGCCGGGGACACGACGACGGCGAGACGGCGGUGAUCAUGGCGGUGGUCUUGAUGAGGUCCGUGAUGCUGCUGCUCCUCGCGCACGGCCUCGGCCCCGGCGGCUCCUCGGCGCGGGUGGCCGACCUGCCCACGACCCGGGACCCGCACGUCACCCCGCUGUCGGCGGUCGGGCCGACCACGGCCGCGACCUCGAACGUGACCUCGACCUCUGACAUGAGCGCAAACUCCACCGCCAAAGCGAGCUCACCCGUCGGCUCCGACCGGUAUCCGACGGUCACCACCAACGCGAGCGUGAGCUCCACCACCAACACGAGCGUGAGCUCUACCACCAACGCGAGCGUUAGCUCCACCAACGCGAGCGUGAGCUCCACCACCAACACGAGCGUGAGCUCCACCACCAACGCGAGCGUGAGCUUUACCACAAGCAGUCCGGCCUCCACCGCCAUCCCGGGCUCCACAGAAGGCUCGAUACCCGGCUACGGACCGAUUCCCACCACGGCGCUGACGUCCAUGACGCCCUCUCCGCCUACAUUGAAGGCUAAUACUACCAUGAGCACAAGCCCAACCUCGACCACGUCGACGACCACCACCACAACGACAACAAAUAGGCCGUCUCCUACGAUCUUGGCAACAGCAUGGACACCGACGUCGAGGACUACUACGACGACUCCCUCAACGUGGGAGGCGCCAGUCAACUCGUCACAUCAGGCACCGCAUCGAACGGUGCUUAGAACCUCGGUGACGCCGAGACCUCUGGCAUCGUCCACGAGCAGCGUCUCGACCGCCCCGGCGCCUUCGCUCACCUUGCCAUCGACCACCACGGGGGUGCCAACGGCCUCCACCCGGUGGAGGACCGUACCGUCUACCCUGCCUCGGCCGGCAGCCACCUCCCCGUCGGCGACGGUCGAGCCUCUGUCGCCGCCGCACGAGGCGGCGCUUAGGCCGGCGGCGGGGCCACCCAGCACCCCGGCCUCGGCAUCGAGGGGCUCGCUGCGCACCCCGCGCACCGGCCACCACCACCACUUCACCACGCCCACCCCGCACAGGAAGCCGCCCUCUAACGCCACGUCCCGGACGCCGCCGACGACGCGGCCGCCGUCGGCCAGGGAGAGGCCGUUCGUCGAGGAGAUCGGCGUCGUGGUGAUGGCGGUGACGAGCCCCCCGCUGCUGGACAACGACUCGGCCCCGGACGGCUGGAACGGCACCUACUUCAACGACAGCUGCCGCAACUACACCAACGACUACUGCGUGCCGGACGAGGAGUACCUCGACAUGAUGCUCGAGUACAUCAUGCCCACCAAGAUGGAGUGGGUCAUCAUCGCCAUGCACUGUGCCGUGUUCAUCGGCGGCCUCGUGGGCAACGCGCUCGUGUGCCUGGCCGUGUACCGCAACCACACGAUGCGCACCGUCACCAACUACUUCAUCGUGAACCUGGCCGUGGCCGACUUCCUCGUCAUCCUCAUGUGCCUGCCGCCCACCGUGCUCUGGGACGUGACGGAGACGUGGUUCAUGGGCACUGCCCUCUGCAAGAUCGUGCUCUACUUCCAGACCGUGUCGGUGACGGUGUCUGUGCUUACGCUCACGACCAUCUCCGUGGACCGCUGGUACGCCAUCUGCUUCCCGCUCAAGUUCAAGUCCACCACGAGCAGGGCCAAGAAGGCCAUCAUCAUCAUCUGGCUGCUUGCCCUGUCUUUUGAUGUUCCAGAGUUGGUGGUGUUGGAGACCAAGCGGAAGGCGCUGGGCAUCGACACCAUCUUCUUCACGCAGUGCUUGCCCACCUGGGGUGACAGCUCCGAGACGACCUACCACUGCGUCAAGACCCUCUUCCUCUUCUUCCUGCCGCUGGCCUUCAUGACCGUCACCUACGUGCAGAUCGUCAAGGUGCUGUGGAGCAAGACCAAUAUCCCCGGUCACGCCGAGACCAAGAGCCUGAGCUACCAGUACUGCAACGGCAAUGGCGUGAGCGGCACCCGGCGGACCAUGCACCGGAGCAUCUCGGCCAGCUCGCAGAUCCUCAGCCGGCGGAAGGCGGCCAAGAUGUUGGUCGUGGUCGUCUUGAUGUUCUUUAUCUGCUACCUGCCCGUCCAUCUCCUCAGCAUACUGAGGUACACGAUGAUUAUCCCCCAGACGGAGCUGAUGACCGUCACCGCCAUGUUCGUCCACUGGCUGUGCUACGCUAACAGCGCCGUCAACCCGCUCAUUUACAACUUCAUGAGCGGUAAAUUCCGCGGGGAGUUCCGGCUGGCGUUCCAGCAGUGCGCGUGCGAGUCGUGGGUGCUGGGUGGCGACACGGUGCGUCCCGCGGCGGGCGGCGGCGGCCCCGGCGGGGGGCCCGGGCCCGGCGCGCUCGCGGGGGUGUCGCCCGGCCACGUGGUGCUGGGCAUGUCGCAGCUGCACCGCCGGCCCGCGCCCCGCGCAGCGCCCCGCGCCGCCUCCACCCUCGCGGCCACCGCCACCACGACCCUCUCCGUCUCCGUGCUGGACUCGGGCCCCUGACGGCCGCCCCAGCCCCCCGCCGCGGCCGCCGCCAGGGCCGAGCGCCGCCGGCUCGCGUCCUACCGCGGCCAGCAGUGAGCUGGCGAGGACCUUUCGGCUCGGCCUGGACGCUGGGCUCACUCGGAAGACCUUUCAGCUCAGCCUGUACGCUCGGCUCACUCGGAAGAAUAACUUUCAGCAGCUCGGCCUGUACGCUGGGCUCACCCGGAAGACCUUUCGGCACAGCUUGUACGCUCGACUCACCCGGAAGACCUUUUGACUCGGCCUGUACCCCGCCCCGCAGUAGCAACGCGGCGCGGCUGAGACAAGUCGAAUAGGUUGCCUAUGGCGCCGGCGCCGCCGGCCCCUCGUCUUGCCAUUCCGGACCUCUUCGUGGUUGACCGGCCCUCCCAGCCAGAAAUUCAGCGUCGGUCCCGCGUCGGAAUCACGCCAGUUUGCGGCUCGGUUGUGAUCGGCUGUGAUUUUACGUUGAAUCGACGUCGACGAACGUUGACGGAUUUCUGACUGGGUCCUCGGUGUCGGCCCUUUUGCGUGUCUUUAGCCUGUGAUUUAAAUGUUUAAUGUGUUGCUCUCUACUUGAUGUGUGAUUGUGUGCGUAUGUUUGUUUUCCUUCUUAACAGCGAAGUCAUAGUUUUCGUUGCACGGAUGCGGGACGUAGUGAUGUUAAAGAGUAUAAACAAUUGACGUGAUUUUUGUCGCUACGAUUCCAAAAAAUAUUUGCCUCUCGUAUGCAAGUGAUAUGUACGUCUUUUAGUUGCUAUGAAUACAAAUUAUACGGCAUGGGA